GAUGCCCAAAAUAUCAACAAAACCGUUAUAACAUUAGCUUCUGUAUCAACUGUAUGCUGCACUAACCACCAUGUGUGAUUGCACUUCAUCUUCUUCACUCUCAUCAUACUCCUGCAUCAAAUUCCCCCCAUCUUCAAUCCACAUACUCUCCUUACCACCUUCAUUCCACUACACCACUCAAAACCCCUCAAAAUUCUCCACAAAAACCAGUCAAAACCCUAACCCUAGAACCUCAAAAUCAAACCACAAUCAACAAUUCCCCAACCAAAUCAACUUCAAAGAGCAAAAAACCACAAAAUCACACCUCGAAUUGAACCAAAAUGACGAACAAGAGACCGAAUUUCUUCAAUUUGAUGGAGAUUUGAUGAAUAAUGAAGGAGAUGAAGAGGAUUUGGUUGAAAUUGUAGAUUUGGAAGAUGAUUUGGAUGUGAAAUUGGGGGAAUUAGAUGAAGUGAAGGUUGUAAGGAAGGGGAAACAGUUGGUGAAAAGGUGUAAUGUGGUUGCAAAGCAGGUUAUUAGUAUUCAGUCUGCUGUUAGUUUGGGGUUUGUUUCACAGCUUUGGGUGGAUACUAACACUUGGAUGGUAGUGAUUGUAGAAGUGAGGCCGAAUCUACUAUCUGGACAACAAGAAAUGUUCUUUUUGGAGGAUACAAAACAGGUUGGUGAUGUUGUGCUUGUUGAGGAUGAGACUGUGAUGGAUAAGGAGUUUAAAUUGGUUGGACUAGAAACACUGGUAGGAUAUAGUGUUGUGACACCAGGUCGACGAGAUAUCGGAAAGGUGCGAGGGUAUACUUUUAAUAUAAACUCCGGGGCGAUAGAAUCUUUAGAGCUCGAUUCAUUUGGAAUAUCCAUCAUUCCAUCAAGUUUGGUGAGCACGUAUUCAUUGCUGGUGGAAGAUGUGCUGGAAGUCGUAUCCGACACAGUUGUUGUGCAUGAUGCUGCAGCCUCGCGGAUACAACGGUUAACUAAGGGUUUCUGGGAUGCUAAAAGAACCGAUUACUCGAUGGAUGAUUUUGAUUAUUAUUCUGAUCUCGAAGAACGGUCUGAAUACCGAAAGGGCAGAAGAAGAAGGCCGGGACCUGGGAACUUAAGACCCAGGGAAAAGCCCAUUGACAACACUCAAGAAGAAUGGGAUCUUCCUAUGGAUUAUCUUUGACCUUUUGUGUGGCAAGUAGUCAACUUGGUGCAAAAAGUCAAAUUAUUUCUUAAUUAAGACCACAGGUUGACUUGUUAAAAUAAACCGCAAGCCCAGCCGAAAACAAGGUUUUUCGGUUUUGGUUUGUGAAAAUUGGCGAUACGCAGUAAGUGGUUCGGCACAUACAGAAACUAUUAACUGUAAUCAGUUACAUCUAUAGAUAAUAAAUAGAUGAAACAUCACGUUAUUAUA